GCGGCCGGGGACACAGACAGUUGAGGACAGCGGGAAGGCUGGAGCCGCAGGUGUACGGGGAGAGGAGGACGACAGUCUUCUCAAGCACAUACAUGGUGACGGAGACCCCGCGUCAGCACACACGGGCCCGGCACUAGGAUGACACAGCUCUGACACCUGACCGGGCACCGACAUGCUGAAGACUCCCUGAGGGAAGCGACCGGGAGCUGGUGAGGACCGGGGACUUGUGGGUAAAGAACUAUUAGCUUCUUAUAUACAGUUGUCAAUUUGCCAAACAAGAUGGCAGAAGGUGCCCGACUACGGACAAGUGCUGAGAAGAUCCCCGAAGAGCAAGCACAGGAUUCUGGUUCAAGCUCUAGUGCUGGAGGAGGUGGAGUGGCUCUUAAGAAGGAGAUUGGGCUAGUGAGUGCCUGUGGCAUUAUAGUAGGAAAUAUCAUCGGCUCUGGUAUAUUUGUAUCCCCGAAGGGAGUACUUGAAAAUGCUGGUUCAGUGGGUAUGGCUCUAAUUGUGUGGAUUGUCACCGGCGUAAUCACUGCAGUGGGUGCUCUAUGUUAUGCAGAGCUUGGAGUCACCAUACCCAAAUCUGGGGGAGACUAUUCAUAUGUUAAAGACAUCUUUGGUGGACUAGCAGGUUUUCUCCGGCUCUGGAUUGCAGUUUUAGUAAUUUACCCUACAAAUCAAGCAGUCAUUGCAUUGACCUUCUCAAACUAUGUACUACAACCACUCUUCCCAACUUGUUUCGCACCUGAGUCAGGACUUCGUCUGUUGGCAGCUGUCUGUCUAUUGCUGCUUACCUGGGUGAACUGUGCCAGUGUACGAUGGGCCACCAGAGUUCAAGACAUAUUCACAGCUGGCAAGCUGCUUGCAUUGGGACUGAUUAUAAUUAUGGGAUUUGUCCAGAUCUGCAAAGGGGAAUAUUUCUGGCUGGAACCAAAGAAUGCUUUUGAGAAUUUCCAGGAGCCAGACAUUGGCCUCAUUGCACUGGCAUUCCUUCAGGGAUCGUUUGCAUAUGGUGGCUGGAACUUCCUCAACUAUGUCACAGAGGAGUUGGUGAAUCCCUACCAGAACCUCCCACGUGCCAUCUUCAUCUCUAUUCCACUUGUCACCUUUGUUUAUGUUUUUGCAAACAUUGCCUAUGUGACAGCCAUGUCCCCUCAGGAGCUACUGGCUUCCAAUGCCGUGGCUGUGACAUUUGGUGAAAAAUUGCUAGGUGUCAUGGCCUGGAUAAUGCCAAUAUCCGUCGCUCUUUCCACAUUUGGAGGAGUCAAUGGAUCUUUAUUUACCUCUUCCAGACUGUUUUUUGCUGGGGCAAGAGAAGGUCAUUUACCAAGUGUCUUGGCUAUGAUCCACAUCAAUCGAUGCACCCCAAUCCCAGCACUUCUCUUUACGUGCCUCUCCACUCUUCUCAUGUUGGUAACAAGUGACAUGUAUACUCUGAUCAAUUAUGUUGGUUUCAUCAACUACCUGUUCUAUGGUGUUACUGUGGCCGGGCAGAUUGUCUUGAGGUGGAAGAAGCCAGACAUCCCUCGGCCAAUUAAGGUUAACCUCAUAUUUCCAGUGAUCUACCUCCUCUUCUGGGCUUUUCUGCUAGUCUUCAGCUUGUGGUCUGAACCUGUCGUCUGUGGAAUAGGCCUGGCUAUCAUGCUUACUGGGGUCCCUGUGUACUUCCUUGGGGUCCAUUGGAAAAAUAAGCCCCAGUGCUUCAAUAACUUUGUUGAUGCAAUGACACGUGCUGGCCAGAAGCUGUGUGUGGUGGUUUAUCCUCAGAUGGACAGCAAAGAUGAAGAUGUCAGUGAGGAGACAAAAGAGCAGAGAGCUCCAAUAUAUAAGCCAGGGUCUGAAGCUGGGGAUUCUACUCAUGCCUGAGGUUCCCCCCCCCCCCCCCCCCCUCCACUGAGCAUUCACUCCAAUUCCACUGCCCCUAAAAACUUGUGCUGUCAGAACGACACUGUACAGCCAUGCAGAGAUAGAUGGAAUGUGUGUGUAUAUGUGAACUUGUUUGUGUGCGUGCACCACAGUGUGCUCAUACGCUAUGUUGGUUAAUAUAGUUCCUGUCUCUGUUGCCCUCAGGUAAUAGUGGUGUCCCAGGGUAAAAUCUCUCGGUUUGAAGUCAGUGCUAUGUAAUUGUCUGUUUUUGUUACCUGUACAGUCAGUCGUGCAUUGUUUCUCUGUAGCUCUAUCUCUGCUGUACUGUGGAACUGUUCAUUUUCACCACUACAAAACUAUUAGAUAUAAUAGUUUUCCUGAUGGGCAGCAGAAGGAAAUGCAACACUGCUCUGUCUGGUAACCUAGUGUCUAUGCACCUUAUGUGAGAGUACAUCUAAGUGAGUGUGCCUGUCAUGAUUCCCAGCAAACUUACAUUUAAGGCUUAAAGUGAUAGGUUGCUCCCCAUUAUGGGCCACAAUGGACUUUACAUAUGCCAGAUAAAGGUACCUGAAAAGCUUGUUGUCUUACCACCUGCACACUCUUUCCAUGACUCUGCUCAUUAGAACUGAACAUUUCAUAUGGCAUCACAAAAAUAACAUUCAGUGCUAAAUGAAGGUUUACAUCUGACAAUCAUGAGACCUGUCCAAUGGUGACUCCUUGAACGUUAUGCAGCUCACAUGUGAACUUUACAGCACAUACCUUUCCAAAGGUGCAACCUGCUACAAAGGAAGUCAGUGUUCUUCAACAUGGUCUCAGGGUCUUCUUUUCUGACUGUUCCAGGACACAUUGGUCCCAGUUUCAACUUAAAUCUGCGGUUAACCAUAACCCCUUGAGGGCAAUCCAGUCUUAUUGCGCAAAUGUCCUAUUUACACUCCUCCGGAAGCACUGGGUAAUUAUUUUUAUUUUCCAGCUGGUUUAAUUCUCCAGAAUACUCUUCGUGUUUUAUAAUAUAUAUUUUUUUUUAUUUAGGAUCUAUUGUCUCUGAAUGUAAUAAAAAUGGAUCUUGUGCCUUUUUUCGGUGA